UGUCUCGAUUCCUUGUACUUCCUCAGCCCCGAACAAGAUGCGAAAGAGCCAGCUAGCCGUGUUGACCGGGCUUGUCCUCGUGGUCCAGCUGGGGUGCGACGCGAAGCCCCAGUCCGUCCAGGUCAACAACCAGGCCCUGUUCACCCUGGGGGCGGUGGCGCUCGCGGCCGGCCUGGGCUACCACUUCGGCCAGAAGAACACCAACAACCGCAGGCCGCAGAGCCAGUUCGGGAACCAAGCCUUUGUCCCAGGAUUCUUCCGUCGACGUCGUCAGGCAGAGCCAGAGAAUGAGUUGGAUCCCCUGGUAACGAAGCUCUUCAAGAUGGCUUUGGACAAGGAUUCGAACAACUGCAGUCUCCGGCUAACCUGCAAGAUCGGCACCAAGCCCCUGGCAUCACUCAGCGGUCACGCUAGGAACCUCUUCGGCGUUCUGAGCAAAGAAAACGAAAAGCCUGUCGCGAUCGCCAAGGACGAAUUCGAAGGCAUCGACGCUUACAAGGUGGCCCUUAACCUCGGUCGUGACGGCGGCGACUGCGACAAGCUCUUCCCUCGCUGCCUGUCGACCUCCGGCCAACUUAUGGACGUCUUCCAAAACCUCCAAGUCUCUCCCAACUAAAUAUUCAAAAACUUUUUCUUUCUUUUUCUUGAGAAAUUAGCUCUCCGAAAAGUCAUAUUUACCUUCCAAGGAUUUUUGCCUUCUGCAGAAAUUUCGUCUGCGAGUCCUACCUCAGUACCACGAAAUGAACUCCAGGGAACUGUGUGCUUGUUCAACUGGUCAGCCUUCCUAAAUUUAACCAAAGGGAUUUACAGCCUUGUGUUUCAACUACCCAAUACUUCAUAAAAAAUGUCGACCAGGUAUCGACAUUCGGUUGUAUAUAAAUUCUAGUUUCGAUUUCAUAGACUUUCGAGAUAUCUCAGGAGUGUCAUACGCUUUUCAACAUAGACUGAUGUUUAUUUAUAGUAAAUAUUGUAUAUUUAUCAAAUAAAGAAAUUUCUAUUAUCA